GAUAGAGCGAUUAGCCGAAAGACUGAAACUUUCAUACCGAUAUAUCUAGAUACGAGCGCACGUUAGUUAUCUCCGCCGCGAAAAACCACCGUAUUCGCCUGAUCAUGGCCUCGUCGGAGCCACUCGACCUGGUCGUCACCGUCGUCUCUGCGAAGCACCUAAAGAAUGUAAAUUGGCGUAACGGUGACCUGAAACCCUACGUUGUUCUGUACCUUGACCCGGACCAUCGCCUCUCCACCCGCUCCGACGAUUCCAUAAAACCGGUGUGGAACGAGCGUAUCACUCUUCCUCUCACCCGAUCCGUCCACGAAUCGGUCCUCAACAUCGAGAUUUUUCAUUCCUAUUCUUCGGAUCUGGCGAAAACCCUCGUCGGAUCGGUUCGGUUUCCUCUGGCUCGCUUGGUUGACUCAGAGGGGGCGGUGAUUCCCGAAUUGAUCAACUCGCUCGAGCUGGUUCGUCCAUCGGGCCGGCCACAGGGGAAGAUACGCCUAAAGCUCACGAUCAACGAGCGGCCGGUCCCUCCACCGCAGCAUCAUCCUCCUCCACCGCCGCGUCCUCAAUCCCAACCACAAGAUUACUAUUCUGCCCCUCACGGAAACCAUUAUUACUCCCCGACCCCUCCCCCUCCUCCAGCUCCGAUCACCGCGCCUUCUCCUCAACGCGAUUACAGGGAAUUCUCACCGUCUCCGUAUCCAUUCACCGAUCACUACUAUUCUGGGUUUUACUACCCACCUCCUCCUCCACGUUCAAUGUACGAUCGUGCCUCCAAUUACGGCCUACAAGGUGGCCCAUCUGCUCCCGUCGAUGCCUUCUCAUCGAUUGAUCACAAGCCGCUUCCUUUAGCUCCUCGGUUUUCCAACUACGCCCCACCGCCGAGUGGGCCAUCAGCUCCGGUGAACGAGUACAAGCCUCAGGCUCCCGUCGACGCCUUUCCGGUGAACGAGUACAAGCCACAGGCUCCUCCUGUGGGCUCGCGAUUGUCCAGUUACGGAGUGCCAAGUGGCCCAUCGGCGCCAGUUGAUUACUCUCCUUAUGAUCACAGGCAGUUGCAGAAGACGAUGGGCGGAUUGAGCUUGGAGGAAGAGAGAGCUGUUGCAGAGAGGUCUGAGAGCGACUUUGGAGCUAGGCCGAGCUACAGCUACGGCCGUGAUUAUCGCCGUGAAUGUUAAAAAUAAAGGAUACGAAAAACGUUGUGGAAUUUCAUAAGAGUAUGGUAUAUACAAUCAUCAGAUUUACCAUUUAUGUUGGCUGAUGAAAAACAUGAAUUUGGUGAAUUUCCUACAAGGAUAUGAUAUGUCUAUAUGUAUUUA